AGAAGAAGCACUUCCUCUCAGGCUGUUUCCAUGGAAACCAAACAUGGCGUCGGGGAGCCAACCAAUCCUUUCGUCCACUCCUCUGCAGGUCCUCUUCUACCUGAACAGCUGGUACUUUGCUGCCUUCUACCUGGCAGAGAUCCUGAUGUUCGUCUAUAAAGGUAUUUUACUCCCCUACCCGUCAGAUAAUCUGGUUCUGGACGUGGUGCUGCUGCUGCUCUUCCUCGGUCUGGAGACGCUCAGGAUCUUUUACGGUUGGAAGGGGAACCUGUGCGAGCGCUCCCUGGCCUCGUGUGCGGCGCUCUUCAUCCUGUUCCCGUGUGCCGCGCUGGCCGUUUACUACCUGCUGCUGCAGACCUUCGUCCUGCGGCUGGAGUUCAUCCUCAGCGCCGUCCUGCUCUGCUUCUACGGCCUGGAGUUCCUGCUCGGGCUCCUCUCCAUCUCCACCUUCUCCAGGUCCAAAGUGUACUGAAGAGGAAAGAAGUGCGACUUCACCUGAAACACAGAGCAGCGGAUCAACAGAGGACUCUUUAAAUGUUAAAUGUACAGAACCUUCUUCAGACGCCACGUUGUAAAUAAAACAUUGUAUAUUUUACCAUAAUAAUGUAGAUCUGUUGCUUUUAUACAAACUGUUUGUACUAAGAAUGUAUCAAACCUGAUUUUUUACAUAUUGUGAUGAUGAUAAAGUUAUGUAAAUAAGACUC